GGGCGGGGCGGGGCAUGGAGGGCUAGCUCGGCUCGGUUCGUCAACCUCACGAGCUGAGGCGAGGGCAGAGUCCGGAACCGGCGGAGCGGUCCGGUUCAGAUCACGGAAACAGGAGAGCACAGCGGACCGCCCUGUUGUUGUUCUCCGGGUCUCUACGUGGAGUCGCGUGCGUGAGGAGAAUCCCGAUGAGCCGCGCGCUGCGAUCUGCCGAGGCGCACCGGGGCUGAGGGCCUGCGGACCCCCCACCCCGGUCUGGAUGGUCCGGGUCUGAGCUUCAGGAAGCCACUUUUGAAGGUCCAGGAUGGGGAGCAGCUUCUCCAACAUCUCCGCCUUCCAGUCGCUCCACAUCGUGAUGGUGGGUCUGGACUCCGCCGGGAAAACCACGGUUCUGUACCGGCUCAAGUUCAACGAGUUCGUCAACACGGUUCCGACCAUCGGCUUCAACACGGAGAAGAUCCGGCUAAGCAGCGGAACCGCGAAGGGCAUCAGCUGUCACUUCUGGGACGUCGGGGGUCAGGAGAAGCUCCGGCCCCUGUGGAAGUCCUACAGCCGCUGCACCGACGGGAUCAUCUACGUGGUGGACUCGGUGGACGUGGACCGGCUGGAGGAGGCCAAAACCGAACUGCACAAAGUCACCAAGUUCGCAGAGAACCAGGGAACCCCGCUGCUGGUCAUCGCCAACAAGCAGGACCUGCCCAGUUCUCUGGCCGUGGCGGACAUCGAGAAGCAGCUGGCCCUGCAGGAGCUGACCCCCAACACCACCUACCACAUCCAGCCGGCCUGCGCAAUCAUCGGAGAGGGGCUCCAUGAGGGCAUGGACAAGCUGUACGAGAUGAUCCUGACGAGGCGGAAGUCCCUGAAGCAGAAGAAGAAGCGGUGACAGCAGCUGGACCGGACCGGACUCCAGAGCCAGGCUCCCUGCCGAGGGAUGCUGCUGCAUGGGGCCCUGGUGGGCAGCCGGCCCAGAACCCAGACGGACCUGCAGAACAGGCUGGCCUGUACCCUGCAGCUUUGUCUGAAGGUGUACCUGACUAGGACUCUCUAAGGUUUUAUCUUCAUCCAGGAUCUUGCAGCUGGGCCACCUGCUGUCCUGACCUGGUAGUCCUGAUCCAUUCAAGUAACCUGUCCUCUGCCUGGUGGACGAGGACAUGUCCACUAGUUAGCUCUUUUGCUUUGCUAACAAACUUUAGAGGACUGCAGGACAAGACGAGCAGAUCCAGCUUGUUUCUCUACCAAGAAAUCCAAAUGGAAGUAUUUUUGAUCAUUAAAAGAUUUGAAAGCAA